CGCGCAACCGUCUCCGCGUGAGUGCGCGCAGUGGCGCGCCUGUCCCCGCGCGGGCUCCGUAGCGCGUGUGCAGGCUGACGCAGCUCGCGGGCCCUCCUCCUGCUCUGCGGCGGCGGCGGCGGAAUUUUGGGCGUUUGGGAGGGGGCGAGGGAGCUAGAGUCAGGCGAGGGAGGCGGCGGCGGGGAGGAGGAGGAGGAGGUGGAGCAGGCGCCGCCAUGGCCGCCGCUAUCACCGACAUGGCCGACCUGGAGGAGCUCUCUCGCCUGAGCCCUCUGCCCCCCGGCAGCCCGGGCCCGGCGGCGCGGGGCCGGGUUGAGCCCCCCGAGGAGGAUGAGGACGAGGAGGAGGAGGAAGAGGAGGCCGAGGCCGAGGCGGUGGCAGCGCUGCUGCUGAACGGCGGCAGCGGUGGGGGCGGAGGCGGCGGCGGAGUGGGGGGCGGCGAGGCGGAGACGAUGUCGGAGCCGAGCCCCGAGAGCGCCAGCCAGGCCGGGGAGGACGAGGACGAAGAAGAGGACGAGGAGGAGGAGGACGAGAGCAGCAGCAGCGGCGGGGGCGAGGAGGAGAGUAGCGCCGAGAGCCUGGUGGGCAGCAGCGGCGGGAGCAGCAGCGACGAGACGCGCUCGCUGAGCCCCGGCGCCGCCAGCAGCAGCAGCGGGGAUGGGGACGGCAAGGAGGGCCUGGAGGAGCCCAAGGGACCGCGGGGCAGCCAGGGCGGCGGCGGGGGCGGCAGCAGCAGCAGCAGCGUCGUCUCUAGUGGCGGCGACGAGGGAUACGGGACCGGGGGCGGCGGAAGCAGCGCGACCUCCGGGGGCCGGCGAGGCAGCUUGGAGAUGUCGUCGGACGGGGAACCCCUGAGCCGCAUGGACUCGGAGGACAGCAUAAGCAGUACUAUAAUGGAUGUAGACAGCACAAUAUCCAGUGGGCGUUCAACUCCAGCAAUGAUGAAUGGACAAGGAAGCACUACUUCUUCAAGCAAAAAUAUUGCCUAUAAUUGUUGUUGGGACCAGUGCCAGGCUUGCUUCAACUCUAGUCCAGAUCUGGCAGAUCACAUCCGUUCCAUACAUGUAGAUGGUCAGCGAGGAGGGGUAUUUGUUUGCUUAUGGAAAGGUUGUAAAGUAUAUAACACUCCGUCAACCAGUCAGAGUUGGUUACAGAGGCACAUGCUGACGCACAGUGGAGACAAACCUUUUAAGUGUGUUGUUGGUGGCUGCAAUGCCAGCUUUGCUUCUCAGGGAGGGCUAGCUCGCCAUGUACCCACACACUUCAGUCAGCAGAACUCCUCAAAAGUUUCUAGCCAGCCAAAGGCCAAAGAAGAAUCUCCUUCUAAAGCUGGGAUGAACAAAAGGAGAAAAUUAAAGAACAAAAGAAGACGCUCAUUACCACGACCACAUGAUUUCUUCGAUGCACAAACACUGGAUGCGAUAAGACAUCGAGCCAUAUGCUUUAACCUCUCAGCUCACAUAGAAAGUUUAGGGAAGGGACACAGUGUUGUUUUUCAUAGUACUGUAAUAGCUAAGAGAAAAGAGGAUUCUGGAAAGAUAAAACUUUUGCUUCAUUGGAUGCCUGAAGACAUUCUGCCUGAUGUGUGGGUGAAUGAAAGUGAACGACAUCAGUUAAAAACUAAAGUAGUUCAUUUAUCAAAGCUACCCAAAGAUACUGCCUUGCUUUUGGAUCCAAACAUAUACAGAACAAUGCCGCAGAAGAGGUUGAAGAGAACUCUGAUAAGAAAAGUGUUCAAUUUGUAUUUAAGCAAACAGUGAACGACAUUUGCAAUCAACUAAAAAUUCGUCUAUCGAAUUAGGGCUGAAAAUUUCUGUUAAAGAGUGUUGCAGUAUGUCUGGUGGCUCCCUUUUCAGGACUAGGGUUUUCUCAUGGAGUACAGUAUGUUAAUAUUUACCUUAUAUAACUAAUCUGUUAACGGUUUUUGAAAAACCUCUAUUUCCAAUUAUUUGAAUAAUCCUCAUAUUUUCAUUUUAACCUAUAUAAGCCUCUAAUUUUUUUUUUUUUGAGGAAAGCAUUUGGUUUAUGAGUUGUUUUUUCUUAACAUAAGAAAAAAAAAUUUUUUUUUUUAAAGUAUUUCAAACUGAAUCCUUUAUGCACCAAAGUUGGUUUUGAAAGGAAAAUAAAAUCACUUUCUUGCUUGGUAAGCAAGAAGCCAUAUGGAUUUUUUUUAACUUACAGAAAUGGAAAUAUGUGUAACUUGUUAGUAUUGUAUCAAACAAAUGUUGCAUAGAGAUAAUAGAACAUUGCUUGUAAAUAAUUCAGCAGAUUUGUAAUAUAUUUUUAUAUUAUGAAAUGUACUGUAGAUGUUUUUCUAGAGGCAUGAAAGUUAAAUGUAUAUAUUAUGGGUAGAAAUAAUAUUGAAGGAUAUUGUAAUUCACUAGUGCUGCCAGAGGAAUUGUUAAUAAAGCACCUUCUUUAACAAUAAAUGUCUUUGCAGACUUAAGGGACUAUGUACUACUGUUAAUAUCUAUAAGAACAAAACACAUUGAACAUCCUUCCAGAAAGUCUUUUGAGGGAGGACCUAUACCCAUAAUAGAAUUAUGGCACUCAUUUCUGACAGUGACCGUGAAAUCAAUUAUUUCCUUACUGUUGGAAGGACAUAUUGUAAAGUAUAUGUGGUUUUAUGCAGUCAAACUGCAGAAAAUACUCCUGAUUGAGGAGUUUUCACUUUACUACAGUGAUAUAAAAACCAGCAGUUUUUACACUAAAUUUUUUAAAGAAAAGAAUAGACAAAAAUAUAGAAUUAAGCCUUUGGUUCCAAAAUGGGAAAGGUUCCAUGAUACAUAAAUCAUUUCUCAUUUACUUUAAAAAAAUUUUAAAAAUAAUAAAAAUUAUGGGAGACUUUAUUCGUUAACAGUGGGGUAAAGAGCUAUAUACAUGAAAUGAGUCAUAUAAAAUUAAAUGAAGUGCAAAUAAAAGCACUGCUACUAUAAGACGUUCUGGAAUGGUUGUUUAAUAAGGGUAUUAUCCGUUUGAUCUGUAGCAAAUGUGAUUUUAUUUUUGAAGAGAAAAGCAGUGUGUUUUACUUUUUUUUUUGUUUUCUUUUGCUUAAGCACUUCAUCAUUUGCUUUAUUCUGUAUCUACGAAGUAAUCUGCAAUCUUCUUUGUUAUUUUAAAAUUUUGAUUUGUUAUAAAAUUGCCAAAUAGAAGUGUUUCAGAUAUAUAGUUUGUACCUGUAUUUUUUAUUUUAUUGCCUCAUGUUCUUGUAAGUCAUUCUUAAUUGACCGAUGAUUGUAGACCUUGCCUGAGUAUUUUUUCUAAUAAAACAAAAGCAAAUCACAUUUAGCUUCAAAA